AUGCGCUUGUCGACACUGCUUGUAGCCUUUGGAUUGACCGUCGUUGGACUUGCAGCGCCAUACAAUUCGAAUGGAGCGUCGCUUGUUGACAGACGGCAAGCUUUGAGUGGACUCUUCAAUGGCGUUAAUAAUGCCCUUGCUGUGGCAGUCAGCGGGCUGCUCGAUGAACUUGGCGACGCUUUGAACAAAGGAGAUAGGGAAAAGACACUUGAUACACUGCAGAAGCUGGAGCCUACCAAAAACCCCAAGAACGUUGCCGAGGCCUUGUCUAUCACUGAAAAGGUCGCAAAGUCAGAACCCGAUAAUAUCGUCGAGUACAGCGCGCGAUUGAUAGCGAACGGUAUCAUCUCGGGAUCAACGGACGACCUACUGAGCUACGCCCAUGGCCUUGGCUCUGCAGAGAAUGGAUAUGACAACCAAAACCCUGACCCGCCAAAGAGCGUCUACCCAAAGGCGGCAAGCUGCGAUGCGCGUUACACAGUAAGCGAGGACAAGCUCAGGUCUGCUAUCUACAUCCCAGACACAUUCACCUACGGUGAAAAGCUACCUGUGGUUCUCUUUCCUGGUACCGGAGCCACCGGAUGGACCUCAUUUCGGGGCAGCUUCAUCCCAUUGCUUACCGGUGUUGACUGGGCCGAUCCCGUAUGGGUCAACGUACCUGAACUUCUUUUUGGUGAUGCGCAGGUCAAUGCCGAGUACGCUGCAUACGCGCUCAACUACAUUGCUUCCAUCUCAAAGCGAAGCGUUGCUAUCAUCGGUUGGUCGCAGGGCAAUAUCGAUGCUCAAUGGGCGUUCAAGUACUGGCCAUCAACUUGCAAAGUCACGACCGAUCAUGUCGCCAUCAGCGCGGACUACAAGGGCACCGUUCUAGCCAAUUUUGUCGACCUUUCAGGCAUUACCAACACGCCAUCUGUUGUUCAGCAAGAAGCUGGAAGUGACUUUAUCAAGACUCUUCGGUCGGACGGCGGCGACUCAGGAUAUGUACCAACUACAAGCCUGUACUCCAGCUUCCUAGACGAGAUCGUUCAGCCGCAAGAGGGCACCGGCGCUUCGGCUUACCUGCUCGACGAACGAAACGUCGGCGUCACAAAUGCUGAAGUGCAAAAGGUGUGCGCUGGGAAGCCAGGGGGUUCAUUUUAUACGCAUGAGAGCAUGCUUAUAAACCCCCUCAGUUUCGCUCUGGCUAAAGACGCCCUCACCCACGACGGUCCUGGAGAGAUCUCCAGGCUGGACUUGGGGACAGUCUGCGCCUCAUCUUUGGCACCUGGGCUUGGAUUGGAAGACCUUUUGAUCACCGAGAACGCAAUUGUCAUUGCGGGUAUUUCAGUUGUUACAUAUUUGCCAAAGGUGAAGCAAGAGCCGGCGAUUAAGGAAUAUGCUUUGAAGGCAGCGGGGACCUGUUAG